AUCCCCCACCCCCUCUCCUCGCUUCCUCCUCCCUCCCACAGCCCGAAGCCUGCCGGAGUCGCCGCUGCCCUCGACCUCGCUCCCGCCCGCAGCCAUGUCCAACGCCUCGACCUCGGUCGGCGCCCCUCCCAAGCCCACUGUGGACCUGAGUGCCACGGUGGCCGCGGCCCUGCCCGAGCUGGAGCAGCUGGCCAAGACCAACUUCCCUCUGGCCCUGGAGAAGAUGCUCGAGCUGGAGAAGCAGACCCGCGCCGGGGAGGACAUGAACUCCACCAGCCGCGUGUUGGUGGCCAUCAUCGACACAUGCUUCCACGCCGGCGACUGGGUGUCCCUCAAUGAGUACCUGGUCCUGCUGGCCAAGCGCCGCGGCCAGCUCAAGCAUUCCAUUGUCAAGAUGGUCCAGCACACCAUCGCCCUGAUCCCCCAGACCCCGGAUCAGACCACCAAGCUGGCCCUGAUCGACACCCUGAUCGCCAUCACCGACGGGCGCAUCUACGUGGAGGUGGAGCGCGCACAGCUGGCCCGGCUGCUGGCGGCCAUCCGCGAGGCCUCCGGCGACAUCCCCGAGGCGGCGGACAUCCUGCAGGCCCUGCAGGUGGAGACCUUCGGGUCGCUGUCGCGCACCGACAAGAUCGACUUCAUCCUGGAGCAGGUCCGCCUGCUGGCCGCCAAGGGGGACUACAUCCGGGCCGGGCUGGCCAUCCGCAAGAUCAGCCCUCGGACCUUCGACCGCAAGGCCUCGGCCAAGCAGAAGAAGGAUCGCCUGUCCUCGGAACAGGCUGCCGCCCGGGUGGAGGCCGCCAUCAUGACCGACCUGAAGCUGCGCUACCUGCAGCUGCAGAUUGUCCUGGCCAUGCAUGACGAGAAGUUCCUCGAUGUGUGCCGCUUCUUCCGGCAGAUCUACGACACGGUGCAGCACCGGGCCGCCCAGCGGGCCCAGGGGCUCCUGCCGGCCGAGGCCAUUUCCGGCGGCGAUGUGGAGAUGACCCCGGCCCCGGGCCCGGGUGGCGCCGGCGCCUCGGAGGAGGCGGCCCUUGCCGGCGGGGCGAAGGCCCUGGAGCCGUCGCUCGACCCGUCGCACGUGGCCGUCUCCCAGCUGAAGCCCACUCGCACCAGCGCCGAGGAUGAUGACCAGCAGUGGCGCCAGGCCCUGGCCAACAUGGUGGUCUUCGCCACCCUGGCCCCCUUCGACCAUGAGCAGAGCGACAUGCUGCACCGGGUAGCGGCCGAGCGCCGGCUUUCCGAGCUCCCCCACUCGCCGGACAUCAUCCAGGCCUUCACCUCCUCGGAGUUGAUUGUCUGGUCGCAAUUCGCCUCCAAGUUCGGUGAGUACCUGUCCGACCAGCACCGCUUCGGCAAGGAGGCCAAGUUCAAGCUGGCCGAUGUGUAUUUCGGCCGCAUCGUGGAGCAUAACAUCCGCAUUGUUUCUCGCUACUACCAGCGCAUUACUCUUCCCCGCCUGUCGUCCAUGCUCUUCCUGGAUGAGAAC